UCUGCUAGGCGCGUGUCGAAAUCGCGUCCGAGCCCGCGCAUCUUCCCAGUGACGUCACGGAAAUCAAGAUGUCCGAGCAACUCGCGGCGCGACGGUUGGCCAGUCCGAGCGCGCGCCGCCGUGGAUCAUGUUUCCAAUUGGGCUGUUUGCGACGGCGUGCGCAAGAACCAACAGGCACCGCGAACCUUCCGAGAAGCGUGCUAUCCGUCACAAAGAGAAACGUAAACAAUCUCCGAGUCCCGAGCGCAGCCUGGGCUUUCAGCACAUCGGGCAGUGCAAUCGUGGAGUGUCGAGCGAAUCGAAAUUAUGUUGGAGGAGCAAGAAGCAUCGGAAGUGCGAGUCGACGUGGAAUAUUGUGGAACAUGUGGGCAUAUUAAGCAGUUCAUCGAAAUGGCUCAGAAAAUUAAGGAGGCUUUGCCAGAGGCUAAAAUUAGUGGGGAACCCGGGAGACAAGCCUCAUUUGAAGUACGAGUAAACGAUGAGUUGGUCCAUUCAAAAUUGCAAACUAUGGCCUUUCCAGACUUUAAAGAGGUUACCGAAUUAGUCAAGGAUGUGUCACAAGGCAAAUCAAUUAACAAGAUUCAGAAACAUCAAGCUAUAGACUGCGUUAUUUCUUAGUUAGGUAAAACCUAAUAUAAAGAAGGUAAAAUUUUUACGUUCUUCAAAUAAUGUAAAUACUAUUAAGUGUUUUGUACAUAGACACGCAUUGUGUUAUGAAUAUCAAAUAAUGAUUUAUUGAAUAUAAAGCACACACAGUCGCAUAAAAAUGUGUCUAGUGUUUUGAAUAACAGUAAGUUUUAAUAGUAUACUACUAAUCACUAGUGUCCUACAAUUAACUUAAAAACAAUUACUGACCUAUGGUAGUAUAAUACAAUAUUUUCAUCAAAUACUUCUUGAAUUCUCUAUUCUUACUCAUAGUAUAUUUUAUCGCCAAUAGACAGGGUAUCAUUUCCUUCAUUUUGUUUUACCAAAUAAAUUCCAAAUUUCAAUUUACCAUGGAACUCUUCAGCUAAGGUGCGCAAUGGUUCAACAGUUUUUUUCCCUGUUGUUUGAUCUAUACAAAUCAUUUGACAUCUAGUGCAUACUGCUUCAACCUAAAAGGAGAAUAUAUUCAGUUUUGACUUGCACUCACACUUUUCUAAGAUACUCUUGUAAAUAAUCACCAUUUCAUACCUUAAAGUAGCAGUUUCCUACUUGGACAGUUUUCCAUCUCGUUUCUUCAAAAGGUGCACAUCCUUCCACAUAAAAAUUCCCUCUAAAUCUGUACAACAUUGUAUCUCUAUCACAUUGAGAAUCUUCUGGCACUCGAUCAGCUAACCAGUCAGUACUAGCUACAUUGAUCAACAGAUACUGACUUUGACUAGCGAAUGACAAAGCUGGUUUAUUCGUCGCUGCAAAAAUUAUAAUUGUAAGACUAAAUGAUAAUACUCAUAAAAAAUACACUUAAAGUUG